CGAUGAUGUCUUUGUCAGGCUUCAGAUAACUUUUCACCAGUCGACGACACAGUCAAUGUCUACGCAUCUCAUUGCUUUUCUCGAGCACCGUCUGUCGUGGUCGUGGUCUGUCUACUCUAUAACAUGCGCGUUUGUCAAUCGCAUGGAUGGCUUCGAAAGUGUCUCCCAGAGGAGUGGUCUUGCCGUUGCCGAAACCUGGGUAACUUUCAUCUGAACCUCUCCUGAAAUCGAGGUGUGCCUCCAUCUUCGGCCGUCUGUGUGAAGUGGUCUGCCUAGAUGCGUUAUAUCAUGCACAAGGUAUGUAAAGACGUGAUCGAAGUUCGCCACAGGACUGUCUGAGACGAAUCGACAACGCAUUCCGAGGGCGCACGCAUAUACAAAUCUAUGGUCACGUUUUGUUAAACGCUCUUGUUUUACUGUCUGGGGCCAUCCGAAUCGAUGCAUUCCUGCAUACAAAUGGCUUGGUUUGGUUGAGCCCUUUUGUGUUCAUCCUCUUUCCCCCCUUCACUUCCUCCAUCUCCUUCCCUUCUUCCAUUUCCGAAAACAGCUACCAGCGUUCCUUAUAAGCUAGCGACGUUGAGCGUUGCAUCUGCAGGUCAGGAUAUUCAGGACAAAACACAUUCCCAUGUUGAACAUGUGGACUGCUCUGGGAACUACCGCUCUUCUCAUCUCUGCGUCGCUGGCCGACCCCACGGAUUGGGUUAACCCCAAGUACAUUGCUAACAAGCCCGACCCAUCAACAUCCGAUGCCCGUAAUGCUAUCAUACAGGGUGCCUCGUACAGCUCAAACAGCGGACCUUGGACGCUUACCGACACCAAAAUUCUUCCUCCCAGUGGGAACAGUCGUGACUACCUGAGCUGGGCACCAUAUCACUGGCCGGACUGCAAUUGGUGUCCUUCGAAGUCAAAGAAAAGACGACUCGAAGAAGUAGUCUGGCUGGACGCAGUCAACCCCGGUACCCGAGCAACUACCGGUCAAGAUUCGGACCACCUUUAUCCCCGCGCAGAUAUCUCGGUGUUCGGCCCCGACGGCAUUGAGAUCGGUCUAGGCAACGAUGCAAACACGCCGUCGACACCGAUAACUUCUCUUCCAGACCUCGCCACUCCGUCUGAUCAGGUUAGCUCCACCUCACUCGUUGCUCAACCCACCAUUGGAUCUGUGGUCACCCAAGCACCUCCAUCUCUGAGUCUUGUAUCUACGGCGUUGACAAGCAAUCCAACCUCUUCAGAUUCCGUCUAUUUGACCGAUUCAUCUGGAAACGGACAAAAUGCCGAGCUGUAUGCGUCCACAUCUUCCGGGUCCUGUACCCCUUCGCCCACCAAAAGCUUGGCACCGUCCGCCACGUGGACCACAUGUCCUUACAAGACAAAGGAUGGACAAGUCAACCCUGAUGUCCGGCAGCUGAACGGCGUCAACGCUAUUCAGGCUGUCGCUCAGGCCGUUUUGUACAAUGCGAUCACCUUCGUGCUAGCGGGAGGAUCUCAGUACACAAGAUCGGCAACAUCGAUUAUAAACACGUUCUUCCUCGACUCCAAGACCGGCAUGAAUCCCAACCUCAACUAUGGUCAGCUCGUCCGUGGACCUGGUCAUCAACAAGGUCAGUUUAUGGGUGUGCUGGACUUUCGUGGCAUGGUGAAGAUUGUGAAUGGCAUCCUGAUGCUACGUUCGACGAAAAACUCAGACUGGACAUCCAGCAUAGACAGUGCUAUGACAACGUGGACGAAGUCGUACCUGCAAUGGAUCCAGACGUCCAACAUUGGAGUAGCAGCGUCCAAAGCAACCAACAACCACGGGACCUUUUGGCAUGCGCAAGCAGCCGCUCUGCAGAUACUUGUGGGCGAUGAGGUUGGCGCUCGACAAACUAUAAAGAAUUUCUUCACCGGCGCAUUUCAAGAUCAGAUUGCUGCGAGCGGCGAACAGCCCUGGGAGGCGGCACGAAAAGGUCGCUCCUUUCAUUAUCGAGCGUUUAAUCUGGAAGCUUUGUUUACCAUCGGGAAAUUAGCCGACCAGUUGGGACUCAACGUAUGGGUGCUCAAGACCAAAUCUGGGGCGACCAUCCAAGAUGCGGUCGAUUAUACUAUGACGGUCCCUCCUGACGCCAAUGACGACACAGCAGAGCUUGCCCCACACGUCGCAGCUGCCAGCGCAGUCUACGGAGAUCCGAAAGGCACAUACGCAAAGUUCUUGGCUCGCGUUGACUCCAGCUACAAGCAGCAGUCAUACUGGUACUAUGAUCAGCCCUCCGCAUUCACAUAUUCUUCCGCGGUGAAGACCAGCCGCAGGCGGUUCCUUCCACGUGACGACUUUGAGGCAUACGAUCUGGCGAGCAUAUACCCGUCUUGUUUGACAGUGGACAACGGGACUCGAUCAUGCACGGAUCCAGCAUCACCGGCAGACGUGACUGACUAUUACAAGCCUGAAGUGUUCUACUCGGUUGAUUUGGUCCAGCUGGAUGAUGCGGUAUUCGUGUCCUGGGAUGAUAUCAGGCAGUAUUACUAGUAUCGCAGAACUGACGGUCGGAGCAUUAUUGUAUUGCUCUUGGAGGGCAUGAUGCAGACGUGGAUGUGCAGCUUGAACAGGGGCUUCCAGAGAUCUUGCUUGUAGAUCACGCAGUGCCAUAAUAUCGGAAGAAUGGUAGAG